CGGUGCGGCGGAAGCGGCGGCGGAGCUGCGCAGGGAACGGCAGCGGUGGCAGCGGUGGGUGCUGGGACCCCCCCCCCCCCCGCGUGGUCCCGGUUAGCCCCGAUAAACCCUCCCGGGGUCUCUCCCGUCACUCUUAGCAAUCCUCCCGCUUCUCGGUAACCCCCGUUCCCGGUAAACCCCGCCUCCGGUAACUUACUCCCCCGCAACCAUGAUCGAAGUCGUUUGCAACGACCGCUUGGGCAAGAAGGUGCGGGUGAAAUGCAACACCGAGGACUCCAUCCGCGACCUGAAGAAGCUCAUCGCGGCGCAGACGGGGACCCGCUGGGACAAGAUCGUGCUCAAGAAGUGGUACACCAUCUUCAAGGACCACGUCACGCUCGGGGACUAUGAGAUCCACGACGGCAUGAACCUGGAGCUGUACUACCAGUAGCCGGGCCACCAGCGGCCUCCUCGGCCCUUCCCAGUGCUCCCAGUCCCCCCCCACCAGUGGAACCAGUGGCCCCCCAUGGGAUCCCCCGUUCCUUUCCCCCGGCACGGCUGGGCUCCGGCCCCACCGAGGCUCUAAACGCCCCCACGGGUGUUUUUUUUUCUAGUUUCUAAUAAACUCCUCCCUCCACUC